AUGACUGGGAAGACCCAGACCAGCAACGUGACCAACAAGAAUGACCCGCGCUCCCUCAACUCCCGCGUCUUCAUCGGUAACCUCAACACAGCUGUGGUGACCAAGGGCGACAUCGAGGCCAUCUUCGCCAAGUACGGGAAGAUCUUCGGCUGCUCGGUGCACAAGGGCUACGCCUUCGUCCAGUACGCCAGCGAGAGGAACGCCAGGGUGGCCGUGGCCGGGGAGAACACCCGGGUCAUCGCCGGACAAUCACUAGACAUCAACAUGGCAGGAGAGCCAAAACCAUACAGGCCCAAGUUGGGCUCCAAGAGGCCUCUCUCGUCGCUCUACAGUGGCUAUGAGUUUGACUACGACUACUACAGAGACGAUUUCUACAGCAGACUCUUUGAGUUUCACGGCCGUGUCGCCCCCCCGACCCGGGCUGUGAUCCCCAUCAAACGUUCACGACUACUCGUCCCCUCCACCCGCAGAGCCAAAUCCUCCUUGACAGUCAGAGCUUGUUCCUCCUCCUCUUCCUCCUCCUCGUCCUCCUCCCGAGCACUCCACGCCGUCUCUUCCGUCACGGCUCCUAAACUGAAGACGGACCAGCUCGUAACAAUCAAAAGGGAGUUGUCUCAGAUCAAGACCAAGAUCGACUCACUGCUGGGAAGGCUGGAGAAGAUUGAGCGGCAACAUCGCUGUGAUGCCGAGAUGCAGAGGAAACAAGAGGAGAUGUGUGAAUGUCUCCAUGGUGAUGCGCUGGAUCACUCCGGUGGAGAGGAAGCGGAUGGGACAGCCGAGGUGGAGGCGGGGGAGAUGACGGACGGGGGUGAAGAUGACUUUGAAGACGAAGGCACCAGCGACAUGGUAAUUAGGACAAGACGCCGUUACCAGUCUCAACAAGGAAUAGAGAACCACAUAUCAGAUAUUGACAACUGAGUAAGAGAGGAAGCCUACAACACAUGAAGUUGGAGGAACAGAUACCAGCAAUACCUUCUUUAUCGAGAGGGUGUAUUUGAAAUGAAAUGAGAGCAGUGACAGCAGGAGGAAGAGUUUUACAACCUUGUUUGUUGCUAGUUUGCUUCAUUACAACACAACACUCCGCGAUGUGAACUUCAUCGAAAAAAGCCGGUUAUCGAUAUUCUCCACUCUGCUGCAGCGAGAUCAACUUCAAACAGCAAUCCAUAUUUUCCCCUUCAGACAGAUUGCCUAUCUGGAAAAUCAGGACACUACGGUAUA